CAAAUUAGUACAAAAAAUAAAGAAUGUGAUUAAAAUUAACUGAAAAUAAUAAAAAUGUAACCGAUUGGUUCAAAUGUUCAAUUAGUUUAGUUUGAUGUAGCUAAAACCCCACAUAGGUGUGAUGGGUAGGCAUAAACCCCACAUAGCUACGCAACUAAUUUACGCAUCAUGGGUCAUAAACGCCGCCGAAUUCAGCGGCCCGCUGCGGCCGAGCCGGCGGCGGCGCAAAACCCCUACCGUCCGAAGAACCCAACGGAAAACCUCCGAGCUCUGCUUAUGAAAAUGGUCGCGAGCUGUUCGCCCAACCAAUCGCUCUCCCCAGUUCAGAAGAGCUUCGUCAAUCGAAAACUCCGAGAGUUUUUCCCCGAUUCCAGACCUUCUCCCGAUCAUCCCCCUUAUUCCUGGAUGAUUCUGAAUGCAAUUGAAAAGUUAGACAAGGAAGGGGGUUGUAAUGCGGAGGAAAUAUCACACUAUAUCCUGAAACAGUAUCCUAACUUGCCAUGGGCUCAUGAAACCUUACUUUCACAUCAUCUUGUGAAUCUCCGUGAAAAUGGUGAAAUUUUUGAGCCUACCCACGGAUCUUAUGCACUUGGUGGUGAGAAAGAAUGCACUUCUACUUCUAACUUAGGCUCAAGCAACAAGAGAAAGAAGAAGUCAAAGUCUAAGCCAAAGCAGGAUUCUAAAAACACAAAGAGGAAUGCCGAAAGUGAUGAAACAACAGAACAGGAGUGUGCUUCACUUAAAACAACAUCUGGGAAGAAAAGAUCCAAAAGAAAGUGCACGGAAGUUGUUUUGGCAGAACCAAACGGCAUGCAAGGGAAGCAAAAUGAGGGAAGGCUUACUAGACUGAAAAAAGUUGUUCAAGAACUAGAAGAACCAAACAGACAAACACAACAAGAUUCUGCGAGUAAAUUACAUGGGGAAGAAAAGCUGAAUGGAGAGGCAGGGUUGGAGAAAGGGAGGACAAGAUCAGGCAGGCAACCUAAGAGAAACCGGAAAUAUGAUGAUUUUCUAGAGGAUAAGAAAACCGUACCAGAGAUUAAUGUUUUGCCUUGUGGAGGGGAUCCUGGUCAACAUAAAAAUGAAUUGAAGAAACACGAUUUACUGAGUGGAGAAGAAUGCAGAGGAACUGAAGAAGAACAUGGAGAGAUGAAGACAAAAUCCGGUGAAGGUUUAUCAAUGAAUCCUGCUUGUGACUUCCAUCCACCAUCAAAUCAGCAGAGUCUUCAUCCGAGGGAUAGUAAGCAUGUUAAAAACAAGGGGACUGCUAAAACUCAAGAGAUUAGACGAUCCCCCCGCAUUUCCAUUGCUACUACGCUGAAGCAACAGGAGGAGCACAACAGUGUGGUUACUUGAAGGUUCAUUGCAUUUCCAACAAUUCAAGCUUUGCAAUUUAAUUGGUUAGCUAUUCUUCAAAGGUAUACAUUUUCUUUUCGUUUGCUGCCAUUACUUUUAGACUAACCAUAAAAUGGGAAGCAUUUUAGUGGAUAGCAUUGUAUAUCAAUCAAGUUUUAGAAUUCUU